CGCGGAGUUUGCGGGAGACUGUCCUACGGGGGCCGCUAAGGCUCUUUCGCCGUCAGAGAGCGCCCCCGCGCUGUGAGAAAACCCUCGCGGGUGGGGCAAGGUGCAGGCGGAGCUCGCGGAAAGCGCGGGCAGCAUCCGGGCGCCUCCGCCUGGAGCCCUUCCGCCCGCCAUGGCUGCUUUCCCGGUAGCCAAGCUGAAGUGCGAGAUGACGGGCGGUCAGGUGAAAGUAUUUGGGAAAGCAAUACAAACUCUGUCACGAGUGAGUGAUGAGCUGUGGCUAGACCCAUCUGAGAAAGGUCUUGCUCUGAGAUCUGUGAAUUCUUGUCAUUCAACAUAUGGCUAUGUCUUGUUCUCGUCUGUGUUUUUUCAACAUUAUCAGUGGUCACCCUCAGCCACGAUGAGUGAUGACAUACCACUGAAUUUAAAUUGCAAAUUGGCAAUAAAGUCAAUUCUGCCAAUCUUUAGAUGUCUGAAUUACCUCGAAAGGAGUGUAGAGAAGUGCAACAUAGUCAGCAGGUUGGAUAAAGGCAGAGUCGUCUUUCAGUUCUUCUGCAGGCAUGGCAUUAAAAGAACUCACAAUGUGUAUUUCCAAGACAGCCAGCCCUUGAAAAUUCUCUUUGAAAAGAGCUUGUGUGCGAAUAUCCUGACGAUUAAACCAAGAUUGCUGGCUGAGGCCAUUGCUCUUCUAACAUCAAAUCAAGAGGAAGUCACCUUCUCGGUUACUCCAGGGAACUUUUGCCUCAAGAGUUCAAGCGGGGACUCACUGGACUUAACCAGUUCUGUGUACAGCGAGAUGUCUUUUGGCCCGGAAGAGUUUGACUUCUUUCAGGUGGGAUUUGAUACCGAAAUAACAUUUUGCUUUAAAGAACUGAAGGGCAUCCUUGCCUUCUCGGAAGUGACACACUCUCCCUUAGCUAUCUACUUUGACCUUCCUGGGAAACCGGUCGUUUUGAGCAUUGACGACAUGCUCUUGGAGGCGAACUUCAUCUUGGCCACGUUAGGGGAUUACCCAAGUAGAGUGUCUUCACCACAGUCGCUGUGUCUUUCCCAGGCACAAAGGUCAGACUCCAUUCAGUCAGAUGCUCAGGUGAGUAAAAGCCGAGCCUGCCAGGCCCCAGAGAGCAUCUCUCGAGCAGCACCCAAAAGGCUGUUUCCCAAGGAGCUGCUGGAUAGCAGCUCUGCAGCAGAGAUCAAGAGAGCUAGCACCAACCAGGAUGACAUCUCCAUAGUGCCUGAAACUAUUGUCAGUGACAUGGAGAAAGAACCAGAACCUUCACACCUCAGAAAGUUUUCCUGUAUGUUCUUUGGAGCAGUUUCUUCUGAACAGCAAGAACAUGUUGGCCACCCCUUGGACAGCCUCGCCAAAGCAAGUGACAGUGAGGAGGACUCAGGUGGAUGCACGUUUGCAGCCUAGGCUCAGUGAUAACUGUACUGGGUGCUGGGCCUGGCUCCUUGAAGCCAAAUGAGAAUGGAGCACACUGUCCCAGGCUGCCCUGGAGAUGUACGUGCCUCUGCUCUUCCCAGUACCACAGUGCACUAAAAUCCAUGUGCCACAGGGGGGAGGGGGACGGACAGAGCUGGCAGCACAGGAAUUAGCCAUUAGGGUUUAGAUGCCCAUUUAUUCUGCAGCCUUGACAUGUCCUUGGCCGGCCCCCAAAGCAGACUUUCCUCAGCAUCGGGGUUGGUGGGGUUCUGUACCUGACUGCAGACAGCAGUCAGACA